AUGAGUUCAGGAUUGGAGAGCUAUGUUAAUCGUAUCCUUUGAUUAAAAUUUAAAACAAAUUUCUUGUAAAAUGCAUUGCUACAUUAUUGGUUGAAAAUAAAUGUUAUUUAAAAUAAUUAAAUUGUAAAUAUAAUUUAUGUUCUUGUCUAAUAUCUAUUUAUUUUUAUAUUUGAUGUAAUGUAUUAUUUUCCUUAUCUGUAUAAUGUUAGAUACAGUUUCUAUUAUAACAUCAGAUGGCAGAAACUUUGUGGUAAAUAUAAACAAAUAUAAAUAGUAUAAUUUACUAAUGAUUUACAACUAACUAUUUUAUUUUUCAAAUAGGGAACACUUAAAGGGUUUGAUCAAACUAUAAAUAUAAUUUUAGAUGACAGCCAUGAACGAGUGUAUAGCACAAAUCAAGGUGUUGAACAGGUUAUUUUAGGCUUGCAUCUUAUUCGUGGCGAUAAUGUGUAAGAAUAUUUUGCGUACAUUUCAUUUGUGUACAUUUUUUAAUUAAAAAUAUUUGUUAUAUUUUUUCAGAGCUAUUAUUGGUGAAGUUGAUGAAACAGUAGAUUCCACAAUUGAUUUAAGUGCAAUCAGAGCAGAACCUAUUGGAUCAGUAGUAUUUUGA